AUGGCGGUGAAACCAACAAGAACAGAAAAGAAAGCAAUGUACGACCAGAAGCUGUGUAAGCUUAUGGACAUGUACUCUCAGAUCUUGAUUGUGGGUGCCGAUAACGUGGGAUCGAACCAGCUUCAGAACAUAAGGCAGGGCUUGCGUGGUGACUCGGUGAUCUUGAUGGGUAAGAACACCAUGAUGAAACGUUCUGUCAAAAUGCAUGCCGAGAGGACCGGUAACACUGCCUACCUCAGUCUCAUUCCUCUACUUGUGGGUAAUGUGGGAUUGAUUUUCACAAAGGGUGAUUUGAAGGAAGUAAGUGAUGAGGUUGCCAAGUAUAAGGUUGGAGCUCCUGCACGAGUUGGCCUUAUUGCUCCGGUUGAUGUUAUUGUCCCACCUGGAAACACUGGACUUGAUCCUUCUCAGACUUCCUUUUUCCAGGUUCUGAACAUCCCAACCAAGAUUAACAAAGGUACAGUGGAAAUCAUCACUCCAGUGGAGCUUAUUAAGAAGGGUGACAAGGUAGGCUCUUCCGAGUCUGCCCUCCUUUCGAAGCUAGGGGUAAGGCCAUUCUCCUAUGGCCUCGUAGUCCAAUCCGUCUACGAGAAUGGAUCCGUGUUCAGUCCAGACGUGCUUAGCCUAACGGAGGAUGACCUUAUCGUGAGAUUUGCUGCUGGAGUAUCUAAUGUUAGCUCUCUGUCAAUCACUCUCGGAUACCCAACCCUUGCUGCUGUGCCUCACAUGUUCAUCAAUGCCUACAAGAAUGCUCUGUCCAUUGCAGUGGCAACAGAGUAUUCCUACAAACAGGCUGAGAAAGUGAAAGAAUACAUAAAGGACCCGAGCAGGUUUGCAGUUGCUGCGGCUCCAGUUGCAGCUGCUGCUUCUGCGCCUGCUCUGGCUGCCGCCAAGAAGGAAGAGAAGAAGGAAGAAGAAGACGAGGACGAGGGUGACAUGAUUAUGGGGCUGUUUGAUUAGUUGUUUUCAGCUGUAGUCAUGAACUUCUAGCACCUAGAAAACUUUUAUUUUGGAGUAUUAUUUAGGACCCUUUUGUUGGAUUACAAUAUGACUUCUGGGAAGCAUUUGA